GCUUGGCUUGGAGACGGGGGUGGGAUUUCCCGAUCUUUUCUGUCAUUGGUUAAUAUUUUAUUCUGUUGACAUGUUUUCUUACUGCUAAUGCUUCCGACACCUUCUUGUCCACCCCCUCUCCUUGAGUCUGGCCGGAGCUGUCAAAACCACGCCUAUGGAGGCCCACAAUUGGUCCAGAAAGCGUAAAAUCAGCAAUCAAGGGGGCUUGGUUCAUUAGUGCUGGGAUCAGAGCAGGAAGGACAUGUGAGAUAGUUACAGUUGUACAGUGGACAGAGCAAGAUCUAACCAUUUCAACUCCGUGUCUGAGUAGAAUGACUGCGCUUGAAUGGACAUCCGCAUCGAAAGAGUAGCUAAUCUUCUUUUUAUGAGAGCAACUGUUGGAGAACAGGAAUCCCCAAAUCUGGCUUCAAAGCGUCGUUGCGCUCACUUUGACUGAUAUUAUUACGGGGACUUCUUGGAAACUAGCAGCUACGGGAGUUAAAGUGGAAGAUCCUUACCACUGUCUUUGCUCGCCUUUUCGCGAUUCACAUUCUGCCAAAAUUGCCUUGUUGCGCCUUUCCUUCUCGUAGUGAGACAAUCUAUCGUCUGGAUACGCGCUCCUUUUUGUCAGAGAACACCACUGAAUAUAUUUUUCACUACGAUUGUUGGAUGCACCGAUGAGAGAUCCAGUUUUUACAGGGACUGCGAUGGCUUACCACCCUUUCCACGCUCACCGGCCGACCGACUUUCCUAUGUCAGCUUUUCUCGCGGCCGCGCAACCCUCCUUCUUCCCGGCGCUGACAUUGCCUCCCGGGGCUCUCACAAAACCGAUCCCGGACCAUACCCUUGCCGGAGCCGCGGAGGCUGGGCUCCAUCCGGCUCUGAGUCACCAUCAUCAGGCAGCUCAUCUUCGCAGUCUCAAGAGCCUGGAGCCGGAGGAAGAGGUUGAAGACGAUCCAAAAGUCACACUGGAAGCGAAGGAUCUAUGGGACCAGUUCCACAAAUUAGGAACAGAAAUGGUUAUUACGAAAUCUGGCAGGAGAAUGUUUCCACCUUUUAAAGUCCGCAUUAAUGGACUCGAUAAAAAAGCCAAGUAUAUUCUAUUAAUGGAUAUUGUGGCUGCCGACGACUGCCGUUACAAGUUCCACAACUCUCGCUGGAUGGUAGCGGGGAAGGCCGACCCGGAGAUGCCAAAGCGAAUGUAUAUACAUCCGGAUAGCCCAGCUACUGGGGAACAAUGGAUGGCUAAGCCUGUUGCUUUUCAUAAACUGAAGUUAACCAACAACAUUUCGGACAAACAUGGAUUUACCAUCCUGAAUUCAAUGCAUAAAUACCAGCCCAGGUUCCAUAUUGUGAGAGCCAACGAUAUUCUGAAGCUCCCGUACAGUACUUUCAGGACAUAUGUUUUCCCUGAGACUGAUUUUAUUGCUGUCACAGCUUAUCAAAACGACAAGAUAACACAACUGAAGAUUGAUAAUAACCCAUUUGCCAAAGGAUUCAGAGACACAGGGAAUGGAAGAAGGGAAAAAAGGAAACAACUGACCCUUCCAUCAUUACGCAUGUAUGAAGAUCAGUGUAAAGUGGACCGUGAUGGCGCGGACUCUGAUGCUUCCUCAAGCGAACCUACAACCGGCAGAGAUGCUGGUCAUUCACCUGGACCGGUUUCCAGCCCACUUAGAUUAAACCGGGGCAGCAGAGACGACAAAACAUGCACUGACAGUGAGCAAGAAUUGGACCAUCAAGAUGAGCGGUGUGGAGGCUCCAGCAGUCCUGGACCAGAGCCUCCAUCUCCAUUCAGGUCAAGAUGUGAGGACCGGGGGCGGGAGAGGCCUGUUGUGGAGAAGAAAGACGAUUAUCCGGACUCCCGAAAAUCAAGCGAUUCUAUAUUUAGCAUAAGAAACUUGGAGAAAGACAAACUAGAGAGCAGACCGAGGAAAGACACAGACUUGUCAAAGAAGGACACGGAAAACGGUGGUCUUAGCAGCAGUAAAGACAGCUUCUCUCCUCUGAUGGUACAGACAGAGAGUCCGUCACAUUUUGGGGCAGGGCACCUUCAGAGUUUGGCGCUCUCCGGUCUACACAGUCAACAGUUCUUUAACCCACUAAACACCGGACAACCUCUAUUAUUCCACCCUGGACAAUUUGCAAUGGCACCUGGGGCGUUUUCAGCCAUGGGUAUGGGACAUCUAUUGGCUUCAGUAUCAGGAGCUGGAGGUCUGGAGAAUGGAAGCCUGUCGGCCCAGAGUACUGGGAGCACCACGAGUCCCUUUCCCUUUCAUCUUUCUCAACACAUGCUUGCCUCUCAGGGCAUUCCUAUGCCAACCUUCGGUGGACUUUUCCCGUACCCCUACACCUACAUGGCCGCGGCAGCUGCAGCGGCCUCCGCCCUGCCCGCGAGCAGCAGCACGGCCUCCUCGCUCUCCAGGAACCCGUUCUUGAGCAGCUCAACUCGCCCUCGAUUGCGAUUCAACCCUUACCAGCUCCCCGUGUCGAUCCCUCAAAGCACAAACCUGCUUACCACCGGAUUGCCAAGCGGCCUAAACCCCUCAUCUGAAUCGUCUAAAUGCGGUAGCAGGGAAACGAGUCCUGUGCCUGAUCACAAGUCGGGGGCGAGCCAGAGAAACGGCUCACCUAAAACAACAAUGAAGGAAUCCAUCAAUGAACUUCAGAACAUUCAGAGACUAGUGAGCGGCCUAGAGAGUCAGCGGGAGACUUCCUCACCUAGGGAUUCCCCCAAGUGAUCAAGCGUCCCCAAACCUAUCCAGGGCAUGACUUGAAUUGCCAGAGGAUUUUAUUAAGUGGUUCUCUGCGAGAAAUUUCAUCAAGUACUGUUUUUGCGCAUGGAUGACUGGAGUGGGAAAAAAGCAGGCAACAAGUAAAAAAAUAAAAGAAAACGUUGGACUUGGUGGUGGAGAUCUAUGUAGGAAGUGCUGCGAAGACAAUCUACGGUGUAGCCUAAUUGACUCUGUGUAGAACAUGCUGACAAGACCACACCAAUCUAUUGAAAAAAAGAAAAGAAAAGAAGGAAUUUACAAAUAAAAUAAUUUUUUAUUUGCGUAAUGUCAGUAGGAUCACUGCUGAUUGGUUGCAAUAUCUAAAUGGUGAUUCAUAAAACCUGUAGACUGAAAACAACCAAGCUACAUCCAAAAAAAAAAAGAAAGAAAAAAAAAAAAGAAAUUAAAAUGGAUAUUUCAAAAGGGAUUGAAAUGACAGUUGGACCGCUAGUUAAAUCCGACAGACAGUUAUACCUGAACUAUUUAAUGUAAUUAUUAAUAAAAGAAACCUAAUUCUGUAAAUAAGCUACAAGGACCUAAGAAUAUGCAAAUUGGUAUUAAUUUAUUCAAAGCUGUGCAUUUGCGUGUACAUAAUAUUUAGAGUUUAACUCAUUGCAUUUUUUUUUUCUUUUCAUUUUCCACUAUGGUUGUUGUAAAUGAAAGCUAUAGCGUUUGUUGUUUGGAGACAGAAGGUGUUCCUAUCUGUGAUGCGUUGCUGUUUAAUCUGCCUGUGACACGUAAUGAAAGCGUGUGCCAUCAAUGCAUUGUAGCAGUCGCUGUAAAAACACUUAUCACGCUGCGGGACUCACAAGGUUUGGGAAGCCUCAGGUUAAUGUACUCCAACAGAAGAGACCGACAUUCAUUCCUCUUCUUGAGAUGAGUUUAUAUAAAGAAAUAUAUGAAAGUGUCCCGUUGUGCUGGCUGUCCGGAUUUUUCUGUUGUUGUUGUUGAUGUUGUUGUAGGAUUCUUUCACAAUUUCAAUAAAAAAAAUCAACGUGUUUAAA